GUUUAUUAUCCGAAAGAAUGUACGAAAUGCCAGUCACUGAAUGCUGCCAGAGCAGUAAUCAGGUCGGUUGUGCAAACUUAUCGCGUUGGUUCAAAUCUUUUAUUCGCGUCUUCACUGGUAUACAGCGUACUUGUAUUUGACGUCUCGACUAUAGAAGCGACGAUGUUGACGCUUCGAAGAUUGCUGAGCGUUCAAUUGGUGCUUAUUGGCUUCAUGACUUUAAAAGUCAGUGGACAAGUUCAAAAACCUGGAUUAUGUCCAAUUCCUCAAGUAAGGUCGGAAUGCCCUGAAACGCAAGCGUCAACGUGUUCAUUCGACACGGACUGUGAUGGAAGCCAGAAGUGUUGCCCGGAUGCAUGUAACGAAUUUUCGUGCCGAGCGGCUGUUCUGCCGCCGCCCCCCCAGCCGUCUGAGAAAGGUGAAAAAGGAGAUCCGGGUCCUCCCGGUAGCCCAGGUCCACAAGGACCUUCUGGUCCUAAGGGAAACAUCGGUGACCCUGGAAGUCAAGGUAAUCCGGGACAACCGGAAAUCGCGGUCCACGUGGUCCCCUGGACCACCUGCACCACCAGGUGGAGUACCCGGAGAUGAAAAAGGUCCUCCCAGUGGAGAGCCAAACGAAGUCAUUCCUGGACCUCCUGGUCCACCCGGUCGCUAUGGACGAAGAGGACCUCCAGGACAAGCUGGAGAGAAAGGAGACCAAGGUCUAGCUGGUGCUGUUGGUCCUAAAGGUUAUCCUGGUAGUGUUGGACCUCCAGGAGAGCCAGGUAGUCCUGGACAACCCGGAGCAGAGGGUGAGCCCGGUGCACGCGGUGAAGAAGGUAGUCAAGGACCUAUUGGACGACCUGGUAUUCCUGGUGAGGAAGGUGAUCCUGGCGAGCCUGGACUAUCUGGUAACGCAGGUGCUGUCGGUCUGAAAGGUCCCGUAGGCCUACAAGGAGAGAUAGGAGAUAAGGGUCAAAAAGGUGCAGCUGGAAGUAAUGGCGCGGAUGGAGCAGCGGGAAGUCCCGGAGCAACUGGUGAAAAUGGUGCAGUUGGAGAGCCUGGUUUACCUGGACCGCCAGGUUUGACUGGAACUUCUGGACCACGUGGAGUGGGGGGCAACGGUGGUGAACCUGGACCUUCUGGUGCUGAAGGUCCUUCUGGAGCAAAGGGUAAGCAAGGUGCACCUGGAAACGCUGGUCAAGCCGGUGCCAAUGGCAGCCCGGGAGCCCCUGGUGAAACUGGCCGAAAGGGAGCUCCUGGUAUUCGUGGAGAUCAAGGACAACCCGGACCUCCAGGGCCCAAAGGGGAUAAGGGUCCUUCUGGAAAACGUGGUGAGCGUGGUUUUAAAGGUCCGCCUGGUAUUCAGGGAGCACCUGGCAAGCCUGGCACGCCUGGUGAAGAGGGAAGAAAGGGUUUAGACGGUGCUCCAGGACCAGCUGGUUUGCCAGGACAGAAAGGAGCUGCUGGAAUUCCUGGCCCUGCUGGCAAACAAGGCAGAUCUGGUCAAGAUGGUACAACUGGUAGACCCGGAGCAACAGGUGAACGAGGUCCACCUGGUCCAGCUGGAUUAAGAGGAGAGAAGGGUCCACCCGGUUUUGCUGGCCAGGCUGGUGAUCCCGGUUACAAGGGUGCACAGGGUGAAAUGGGCUUACGUGGUGCUCCAGGAAGAACUGGUGAAACUGGGCGAGAUGGUCGCGAAGGUUCACGAGGUGAAGCUGGUCCACAAGGUUUACCAGGUUUGCCUGGCAAAGACGGUGCUGAUGGUGCUGCCGGUGAUCCUGGUGUACCCGGUCGUGACGGCCCUCCUGGAUCACCUGGUGAACGUGGAGAACCUGGUCCUGCUGGUGACAUUGGUUAUCCUGGUUUCGAAGGAUUCAGAGGUGAACAAGGUGAACAAGGUCCAGUUGGUGAUCCUGGCGAUCCAGGCCCAAAGGGUUCUGUUGGUGACCCAGGCCCUCAAGGUGCCGAUGGCGAGCCAGGACGUAAUGGUAGACCAGGCCAGCGUGGACAACGUGGUGCUAGAGGUGAAUCUGGUUUGAAGGGAGCUCGUGGUAGUAGAGGUCCACAAGGUCCUAAAGGAUUACAAGGACCGCAGGGAGCCAUUGGUGUUCCUGGUGAAGAUGGCAAAACUGGCCCAGUGGGUGAACAAGGUGCACCUGGUAUUCCAGGACCUCAAGGUCCGAGGGGCAAAAACGGAAAGCAAGGCAGUAAGGGAGAGCGAGGACAAGAUGGUGAACAGGGUCCUGUCGGUGUUCCAGGUCCAGUAGGACCCCAGGGACCUCCAGGUCCGGUUGGCAUCGCUGGUCGUGCUGGAGUUCCUGGUGCUUUAGGCAGGAAAGGUGAACAGGGUGCACGUGGUUAUGACGGUGAUAAUGGUGCUGAUGGGGAAGAGGGACAAAACGGUGUUGAUGGUAAUCCAGGUGCUGAUGGACCGGCAGGUCCUCCGGGACCAAAGGGUUACAAAGGUGCCGCUGGAGCCGCAGGAGAUAACGGUGAACCAGGAUUUCCGGGUCCUGUCGGAGCGCAAGGACCUAAAGGACCUACAGGUGACCCAGGACAAGCUGGACCUGCCGGCUCACAAGGCCCCAAAGGUGCUCAGGGACCCGCUGGUGCUCAGGGUGAACGUGGUCCUCGUGGUAUUUCUGGGGAUAUUGGUGUCGGCGGAUUAAAGGGCGCAAAAGGUAGAAAAGGAGAGAAAGGAGAUAAUGGCCAGAGUGGAGCGGCUGGUCCGCCAGGUAGAUCAGGAUCUCCUGGUGCUCCCGGAUCUCCUGGUCCUGCAGGACCAAGUGGCGACGAUGGACCAAAGGGUCUUGCUGGUGGAAAUGGAGCAAAGGGUCCUGAGGGUCCUAUUGGCUACCCUGGUGCUGAUGGUGGAAGUGGUCCACCAGGACAGGAUGGCUCACCUGGCAAAGAUGGUCCACCUGGUAGAGAUGGUGACAAGGGGGCUAAAGGUCUGCCCGGUCCGGCAGGCCCUCCAGGACCUACUGGUGAAAGGGGUAUAUUAGGUCCACAAGGAUUGACUGGUGAUAUUGGCGAGCCUGGUCCUCAGGGUCCUAAAGGUUCUCCUGGUAAACCUGGCCAAUCGGGUGCCCCAGGAUUCAGGGGUGCUGAUGGUGACAAAGGAGAUACGGGAAGUCCUGGUCAGGAUGGAAGUCCCGGAACUGCCGGUACGCCAGGCGUUCGAGGGCUGCCCGGUGCCCCCGGCUCUGCGGGUCAACCUGGUACUCCAGGUCCAGCUGGUCCGCCUGGUGGCGAAGGAGGUGAAGGUAGCUCUGGCGAACCCGGUCCACAAGGACCACCCGGACCAAAUGGAGCAGCGGGUAACCCCGGACCACCCGGAAACCCCGGUCCAGUUGGCAACCCUGGAAUUAAGGGUGAAGUUGGUGAGCCAGGCGGUCCUGGACCGACCGGAAAUCAUGGACCUGAUGGUGCAAAGGGUGACGUAGGUUUCCCGGGACUGCAAGGUGCAACUGGACCACAGGGUCCAGUAGGAGAACCCGGACGUGAUGGUGAACCAGGACAAUCUGGAGAGCCGGGCGACCCAGGUCCUGUUGGUGAUGAUGGUCCGCCAGGUGUACAAGGUCGACAGGGUGGAGUUGGACAAGUUGGCGCACAGGGUCCACAAGGAUCGCCUGGACGAGAUGGACGACCCGGUCCACAGGGACCCAUUGGACCACCAGGACCCCCGGGACCACCAGGUCCUCCUGGACAAAACCUUGUGAUCUUCCCCAACUCACGAAAAGGACCGAGAUAUUACCGUGGAACACAAGUAGAGGGCGCAGAAGAGGAAGAAGGCAGCCUCGUUGGCUUCGUACACAAUCGUUUCUUAAAGAAUUGGAAACCGACUGGUACCCGAGAGAAUCCCGCAAGAUGUUGUAAAGAUUUGAUACUAGACCAUCCUGAGCUAACCAGUGAUUUCUACUGGAUUGAUCCUGACAUGGGCUGUCACCAGAACGCUUUCCUUGCCAAAUGUGACUUCGUCAACAAACAAACAUGCGUUCACUCCGUACAAAACCAACCGUUCACGUACAAGUUCAGUCAUCCUCAACUCAUGAAUCUGAGAUUGUUGAGUAAACGUGUCGAGCAGAACAUCACCUAUCUGUGUAAGAACUCACCUGCGUGGAACGAAGAUACGAAACAGUCACUCAACUUGAUCGGCCAUGACGGAGAAAUGAUAAACAUUGCGAGCUCGAAGUUCUAUAAACCAAGAGUAUUUGAAAACGAAUGUAACAAUAUGGACGGGGAAUGGCACAAAACGCAAUUGGGAAUAACAACCAAACGAAAGCUUCGCCUUCCGAUCACCGGCGUUAAUCCAAUCUCCUUGGAAUCCGGCGAAUUCAACAUCGAAGACGGCCCAAUAUGCUUUCAUCACUAGCUGACUUUUGUCCGGGCCACAAAUUCCGCGAUAUUAAGACGGGAAUAAAAUAACGAAUUAUCAUAAGGUUUUGGAUAACAUUCUCUUUAGUCUGCAAAGCGAUGGUCCUGAAAUUUAGGAUGGUAGAAAAUUUUUUGAAUUUUAAUUAUUGAUACGUACCGUAGCCAACCGUGCAUUAAUAUAGUAACAUGUAUUUUGUAUGAUCGUAAUUCUUGUAUUGGCUCUGACGAAAAUCCUUGUCUUAUUAAAUAGUAUAAACAGCUAGUAGACGGUUUGCAUAUUUUGUUCUUGUUUCAACACAGGCAUCAUCGUGGAGGCCGAUGAAGAGUUGUGUAAAUUAUGCAAUAAAUAAAUAGUUUACUUUUCCAA